AGAAGAAUUGAGAAAAUAGGUUAUAUCGUUAUUGUAAAUGUUAUUUUGGAACGAUGCUUUCGAAUUUCAGACAUAUAUCAAGAUUUGUUGCCUCCAAAUCUAUAAAACCUAGUAUUUAUUUGAUAAGAAAAAAAUCUAAUAGAGAAUCUGUGUCAGAUGAAAAUGUAUCAAAACCGUUAGGAAAUAUGAGUUCUAAGUAUCAAGUAUAUCAUGACAAAGAUUCAGAAAUUAUAUUAGAUGUGUAUGAAGAGCGUUUAAAAUAUUCACAGCUUUUGGAAGAUGAAGAAGUUGAAGAAGACCGUUAUCAAGGGCUUAACUUAGAGCGUGGUAUAAAAGGAGUAUAUGAUAUAGAGGACUUGGUAGAAGUAUUAAAACGCGAACAGGCACAGAAUAUAUUUGUUGCUGCAGUACCAAAUGAAGUAGUUUAUGUAGAAUACAUUUGUAUUGUAAGCGGUAAAUCUGUAAGACACAUGCAAUCUAUAGCACAAUUUGUGAGGAGACUUUACAAACACAAACGAAAAUCGAAUGAUCUAUUACCAAAAAUAGAGGGUGAAUGUUCCAAAGAUUGGAUGGCAUUGGAUUUAGGUAAUAUAGCAUUACAUAUAUUUUCUGAAAAGGCAAGAGAACUAUAUGAUUUGGAAUCCCUUUGGAGCUUAGGCAGUGAAUUUGAUGAAGAAUAUAAUAAGCCAGAGCCAGUGUCUGAUAUGUUGGAAAAACAAACUAUUUAUCUAAAAGGAUUAGAACCUGCUUCGUGAUUGGAUAUGAACAAAUUAAGUUUAAUGUAAAUAUAAUAGUUGUUAUUUUUAAACAAUUUUUUUGAAGAAUUGGUAGAAAAUAUUAAAGUUAGAAACUACUGUUCUUAUUCUAUCACUUUAUUCUUCAUUUUUUUUUUGUCUCAAAAUUAUUUUUAUUAACAUAAAACAACAAAAAAUUAGACUUUCCUCAGUCUUAUUAUUUAAAAAUUGCAUGUGUUUAAUUUGCUUAAACAAUAGCUUUUCUCUUUAACCCUGUUCAAAAUUUGUUUUUAUCAGUAUAUUUUGAUCAGAAAAUGACUGUUUUGAGUUUAAUUGUGAUAGAAAACUACUUUAGGCAAAAUUUUUUUUCCAAGUCUAAUAUGUUCGAAAAAGGGAGCUGCAGUUGAAAGUAUUGACUUAUAUUACUAUGGUAAAAAGAAUCAAUAAAAGCUUUCCCAGGAGGAUAUUACAAAUUACAAAGUGUAAUGUCUACACUUCUUCAUCCAUUAAUGGGUUUCUUGUUUUACAAAUAUGCCUGUAAUUGAUGGUUGAUGAGGACUACCUCAUUCCUAUCGAUGUCACUGUGUUUUACUAUUUUUCAUCUAUGUAAAAAGCAAGAGGCUAAACCCUAUUACACUCUAGUAGUUAGAGUGGUGCCUGCCGAGUAGUUAGAGUGGUGCCUGCCGAGUAGUUAGAGUGGUGCCUGCCGUGUAGAGAUACCUGUGAGUAUAGAUCUUGAACUAUGACACUCUUCAAAUCAAAAACAAAACUAAAGUAGUUUCCUCAUUGGAUCAAAGAUAUAGGUAUCGGGUAUUCAAAUGAAAAAAAUACUUAAAGGUGAGAUUGUUAGUUAUCAAGACCUCAAGAUAUAAAGUGAUUAAUCAAAUUUCUAAUGCUCCAAAUUUCUCAUAUAGUCAAUUCUAUGAAUACAUAAAAUAGGAAAUCUUCCAAAAUCCUACCAUUCUUAUUUUGCUGAUUUAAUUUUUUUAUAUAUAUUCAAAAUCAAUUCAAUUUUGUAUCUAUAUACUUUAUUACAAUUUUUAUUUUAUGUUGGAAUAGAAAGUAUAUACAUACAAUAAAAAUAUUUUUGUUUCCUCUGAAACUUCUAGGGUCUUUGAUGUGGAAUCUAAAAAUUUAUUUGGACUGAUUUUAGGAUCUAUUUCACUCUCUUCUGAUGAUGUAAUGACUUCAAUUGGGUUUAUUAAAUCUUCAAAUACACUUAGUCAUUUGCAGUCAUCUAUCUUUUUCUUGAGAAUCUAAUAUCCAUACAGCCAAAGUAAAACAGGAAUUGUUAGAGUUUAAGAGUAGUAUUUCUUCAUUUUGUAUAUUCGUAAAAGUUUUGGACAUGUUUGUGGUAGUAGUAGAGUAGUUUUCUAUUGGUUUGUGUUUUUCUUAUUAAUCUGAAGUAGUUUAUUUCUGUCGCUGGAUUUAUAAAAUGCUAUCACCUUCCAAAACACAAUUGAAAUGAAGACUUCAUUUGUUGAGUGUGUGGUGUACUUUAUAAGGAAUUUUUUUUCAUACAUUCGAUACUGUCAGUUUUUAAAUAUGAACUCAAAAGUAUCUUUGUCACAAUCUUGAAUAACUUCUUAUGAUAUUCCGUUGACUUUUGACCAUUAAGGUGUGAGUUUGAUAUGCUACAAACCAUAGUUGCUGAGAAAGUUUGAUAGUUCUUCUCUGUUCAAUGGUGGACCUGUUAGGUAUAGUGUACAUCAAUGAAUAGAUAUUUUUGGUUUGGGAAAGAUCCUACAUAAUAGUUAGAUACAUGUUGAGUAUAUAUAUGUAUUAAAAAAAUUUCUCAAUUAUUGAGGUUUUUAUAAUUUUUUUCCAUAAAUUCACUUCAUUUCAUUGGUCCACAAUAUACUUGGUUGUAAUAAUUAUUUGCAAAUUAAUAUGUAUGUGACAAUUUUUAUAUUCAUUU